AUGGCAGGAAAUGCAAAGUUAGCUGACGAGGAAGUUACUAGAGUAUUAGGAGGCAUUUAUCUCGGCGGAAUCAGCCCUAUCGUUGACCACAGACCGUUAGGUGCAGAAUUUAAUAUCACUCAUAUUCUUUCUGUUAUCAAAUUCCAAGUCAUUCCUGAGUACCUAAUAAGGAAAGGUUACACGCUAAAGAACAUACCCAUUGAUGAUGAUGAUGUGACUGACGUGCUGCAGUAUUUCGACGAAACUAAUCGAUUCAUUGAUCAAUGCUUGUUCCCCAAUGAAAUUGAGUAUUCGCCCAGGUUGGUAGAUUUUAAAAAGAAACCACAACGUGGUGCUGUUUUCGCUCACUGUCAAGCAGGACUUUCGAGAUCUGUAACUUUCAUAGUAGCAUACCUAAUGUAUCGUUACGGAUUGACACUAUCAAUGGCCAUGCACGCUGUUAAGAGGAAGAAACCGAGCGUUGAGCCAAAUGAGAAUUUCAUGGAACAAUUACAUCUCUUUGAAAAAAUGGGUGGAGAUUUUGUCGAUUUUGACAACCCCGCCUACAAGCAAUGGAAGCUGAAGCAAUCCAUCAGGUUAGAUCCAUCGGGUAGCGAAUUAGUCUCCAAUUCUGAAAUGUUUAAAGAUUCGGAGUCGUCCCAAGACCUGGAUAAUUUAACUGAAGCUGAGAAAAGCAAGGUCACCGCAGUGAGAUGUAAGAAGUGCAGGACCAAAUUGGCCUUAUCUACAUCUUUCAUCGCGCAUGAACCGCCAAGUAAGGAAUCAUCAGAGGGACACUUCAUCAAGAGAGCCGCCAAUUCCCAUCGUAUUAUCGAUAUUCAAGAAUCGCAAGCAAACUGUUCUCACUUCUUCAUCGAACCACUAAAAUGGAUGCAGCCUGAACUGCAAGGCAAACAAGAGUUAGAAGGAAAGUUUUCAUGUCCAGGCUGUUCUAGUAAAGUUGGCGGUUACAAUUGGAAGGGAUCUAGAUGCAGUUGUGGCAAAUGGGUCAUCCCCGCUAUCCACCUGCAAACAAGUAAAGUGGAUCAAUUUCCCUUACAAUCCACCGCUUUGCCCAACAUGGUUAAUUUUGAAUCCGAAAAAGUAAAUAAAUAA